AUGCCAUCAAAAUGGGCUGCCAGUGCAUCGCCUCCGUCUCCCAGAGAGUGCAAAGGUGAAGAGGAGUGCGGUGCAGUGAGGGGCGGUGAGGAGGAGGAGGAGGAGGAGGAGGAGGAGGAGGAGGAGGAGGAGGAGGAGGAGGAGGGGAAAGAGGAGGAGGAGGAGGAGGAGGAGGAGGAGGAGGAGGAGGAGGAGGAGGAGGGGGAAGGCGAGCCGGCACCGAGGAAGGUGGAAUGCCGUCCGGCAUUUCGCCUCCUUUGCCCCCGGUGUUGCUCUGCUGCUGGUGCUGGCUUUGCAGCUGGUGGUCGUGGUGGGUAUGGUGGUCAUGAUUGCUGGGCUGUUGGUGCUGGUUGUGCUGGCUGUGCUCAGUGUUCUGGUUAA